UUCUUCUUUAUGUUUUCUGUACUGGGUAUUUAAAUUUCUUGUUCUUCUUCCACUUGUGUUUCAAAUAAGCUGGAAAAAAGAUCUUUUUCUUCCUUGAAAAUUAAUGGGUUUCCUUUUUACUAUGACUUUUUAGUUUUGGCUUUCUUUGUUGGCUGCCUUUAGCACUCUUUUAUUUAUUAUUAUUUAUUUUUUUAAAAAAUUUUCGUCAGGUAUUCUCUUAUAAAUUUUCAUUUUCAUUUCUGAAAAUUGUGUGAUAUUUUUUUUGUAUGCUCUCUGUUCGUUUAUCUCCACUAUGUGUUGGGUUUUUCUUUUUGUCUCAAACCGCUAUAAUUACCUUAUUGGAAAAGGGAAUUAAUUUCAAUUUUCCAAUUUUGUGAAUGUAAUUUGGGAUUGUCUUCCUGUAAUCUGAGCCAAAUCAUAUUGAGGUAGAGGCUAUUGUGCUCAUUGAACAUUGAAGCGUAGCAUUUUAUACAUAGUGAGAAAUUAUUGUUGGAGAGAUUUUCCAAAUGCUAAACUUUGGCAGGGCCAGAACCCAGCAACGGUCCGGUCGACCCAUGUCUCUUGGAGGCAUGGAUUAUGCAGAUCCGAAGAGGAAGAACAAUUUUGUAGGAAAGAUUCUUUUGGCUGCUACCCUUACAGCAUUAUGCAUUGUAAUGCUGAAGAAAUCCCCAUCUUUCAACACCCCAAGCCCGUUUGCUAUUCAUGAUCCAAGGGUAACUCACGUCCUAGUAACAGGAGGUGCAGGCUAUAUCGGUUCACAUGCUUCAUUAAGACUUCUGAAAGACUCAUAUCGUGUAACUAUUGUGGAUAACCUUUCACGUGGAAACCUAGGUGCCGUCAAGGUGCUCCAAGCAUUAUUUCCUGAACCUGGGAGGCUUCAAUUUAUCUAUGCUGACUUGGGGGAUGCCAAAUCUGUAAAUAAAAUAUUUUCGGAGAAUGCCUUUGAUGCUGUGAUGCAUUUUGCUGCUGUUGCAUAUGUUGGGGAAAGCACCCUUCAUCCACUUAAGUAUUAUCAUAAUAUUACAUCAAAUACUUUGGUUGUUUUGGAGUCGAUGGCAGCACAUGGUGUGAAGACAUUGAUAUAUUCUAGUACCUGUGCAACAUAUGGAGAACCUGAAAAGAUGCCCAUUACUGAAGAAACGCCACAGGUUCCAAUUAAUCCAUAUGGAAAAGCCAAGAAGAUGGCAGAGGAUAUUAUCCUGGAUUUUGCAAAAAAUUCAGACAUGGCAAUCAUGAUUCUGCGAUACUUCAAUGUAAUUGGCUCAGAUCCAGAAGGCAGAUUAGGUGAAGCGCCGAGACCUGAACUGCGUGAGCAUGGGCGUAUAUCUGGUGCUUGUUUUGAUGCAGCUCGUGGUAUUAUUCCUGGGCUAAAGGUUAAAGGUACUGAUUAUAACACCCCCGAUGGCACUUGCAUACGUGACUAUAUUGAUGUCACUGACCUGGUCGAUGCUCAUGUGAAAGCUCUCGAGAAGGCAAUGCCCAAUAAAGUUGGAAUCUAUAAUGUUGGGACUGGAAAAGGUAGAUCAGUAAAGGAAUUUGUUGAGGCAUGCAAGAAGGCAACAGGAGUGGACAUCAAAGUCGAUUACCUGGACCGCCGGCCUGGUGACUAUGCCGAAGUAUACAGUGACCCAACAAAGAUCAACCGCGAACUAAACUGGACAGCAAAAUACACUGACCUGCAAAAGAGCUUGCAGGUUGCAUGGAGAUGGCAAAAGUCACACCGUAAUGGGUAUGGGACCCCGUUGGUGAUGUCUUCUUGAGAAUGGUAGCAGCAUUGCAUACCGUCAUCAUCGUGAUUGACUCAAGAUCCCACAUGCUGCCCAGCUUAAGUAGCACAUUGUAGUUGAGUUAGUUGAGGGGUUUGGAAAUUGAAAUUAAUUUUGUCAUAUACAUAAAAUUAUUAUUGACUAGUUGUAGAAAAGAGCAGCAGCCUUGUUUGGCUGAAAAAGGAAGGGCAGCCCCAUUGUUACAUGUAUUUGAACAAAUGAUUAGUUCAAUAAUGAUGCCCAAGAUGCAGGUAUAGCCUUUAUUCUAUGUUAA